AUAUGUGUCUUGGGUGGAUGGAGGAAGUAAAGGCAAACCGGAUCGCAAGAUUAAAAAUACAUGGAAAAAGGUGAAGUUCAUUCAUCUGUUGCAGUCUAUUCUACUUGUUGGAAAUCUUUUUCCAUUACAUAAAUUCCUCUUCUUCGUCCUGGAUUAUUGGUCUGGUGUGGUGGUUAUGCGACACUUAUGUAAUCCGAAAAUGUGUUGCUGGGUUGACCCGUAAUAUGGGUUUGUACUCCUCAACCAGCUUAACUGAACUACCAGUGACAAGUUAUGCACUAGUUGCAGCAUAGUUAAACAGUAAUUCAAAUACAAUGCGGAGAUAUCAAUUGAUCCAAAUGUUGAAGCUGUGAGUGUGAAUGUCUACAACCAUUAAGUCUUCUCGUAUGGUAAUAAGUUAUUACUAAUAACAUUCACACUUGUUGAGUGAGGAGAAAGAGAGUGAAUGUUGAAGUUGUCUUUAUGGUUUGUUUAAAUAUGUUGGAAGAGAUAAGUGUGUUUGUUUAACGCGACGAAGCUUUAUCCUCAUCAUCAAAUUUACGGAUAAAUUGGAGAACACCAGUAGAACUUGAAACAUGUAGUGUUUUUAUAUAUUAAUACAUACAGCAAAUGGGUACAAUUUUUUGCAAUAUAAUUGGCAAACCGUAUAAUUCAGUUUCUGAAGGAAUGUACGAAUAUAUUACAUAUACGUGCGACGUAGUGGCGUAUUAACUGACAGGCAGCUCAUUUAUGUCGCAAUUAGCAACCAACAACGGAACAUAUAAAGAUUCUGAGGUUUUAUCGAUCGCCGUCCAAUAUUCACCAGAGCAGAACAAAGACUAUCAAAAUUUUGUUCUUAAAAUGCCACCUUCCACAACAUCCUCGAAAUAUUUCCUUCGGGAACUCUCGCUAAUAAGACUUUACACUGUUUUGUUAAUAAGUUUCCUUUACUUUAUUGUUCAAAUGGUCAUUGCGCACAUGGCUCACAGCUUAAUCCUUCAGGUUGAUGCAUACCACAUGCUCUAUAAUAUUUUGGCUUUGGCUACAUCGAUAAUUACGACAAAGAUGUGUCGAAAAGGGUCAAGUCUCAAGAAUACUUUUGGAUGGACUAGAAUUGACGUCUGUGGAGCAGUUGCUAGCAUUUGUUUCCUUGCUGCAUCCUGUUUUUCCAUUAUUAUUGAAGCACUCCAGGCUAUGCUGCAUUCCUCGCAUCAUGAAAAUAUGAAAAUGCCAAUUCCAGUGCUAAGUGUCGGAUUGAUUGGGAUUUUUACAAAUACUAUAGCUUAUGCUAUUAUCGGAGGAUACACACGUCAACAGAAAAGCUUUCUUGGGUCUCACAGGGAUGGUCAGGAUAUCGUCAUCUCUCCAUCGGCAAGAAGGGGUCCAUCAAACCCUAAGCUAAAGUGUGGAGGGCCGUUGGACGUACUGAGAGACUUCUUGGGUUGCAUUUUGGUGGUCGUUGUUGCACUGGUUAUUCAUCUCUGGAAACAUGAAAUGGCUGAUUUUGUCGACCCUUCCAUUGCCAUAAUUGAAAUCUUUAUCCUCGCCAUUUUGUCGUACAAAUAUGCAAAGGAAGCUGGCCAUAUCCUGCUCCUUACCAUACCUGAAAACAUCAACGUUCAAUCUUUACUGGAUGAAUUGUAUCAAACUUUUCCAGAAAUUUCCGAUGUGCAUGAAUGGCAUGUCUGGCAAUUGGACCCAUCUCGAGUAAUUGCAACCGCACAUGUUGUUCUUAAAAACACAGACAACUGUUGGAUAGUUCAAAAUAAUAUUAUCGAGUUUCUAGAAAGCAAAGGAAUUACAUCAGUAACCCUCCAACCGGAAUUCUUAGAGCUCCAAGGACAGGCUGGUGGUACCGGGGCUUCGCCGGAAACUUUACGGAAACGUCAAUGCUUUCUGCCCUGCCACGAAACGGAGGAUUGUUAUGAAAAAAAGUGCUGUUUAUCCGAACACGAGCUAGCUUUGCUUGCACAAAAAGAGACGUCUGGUCAUAAUCACGGUCACAGUCACGACGACGGGCAUAGUCAUGAGCAUAAAAAAACGUGGACAUGGAGCAAUCCACUGAAAAGCAGUAGUUUAAAUAAUGUCAGCAGUCAGAAAGACGAUGCUUUGUUAAACCCUCCUCGCAUGACGGCACAUUCUCACGAAAAGAAGUCUAAUCCAGAACUUGCCAAGGAAAAGAACGCCAUAGUGGUCACCGAAAUCCGUCCAAAGGGUCCAACCCCAGAGCUUGUCCCCCCACCCUCUCAGGAAGAUUCAAGUGAAUCAAGCGAUGAGGAUGAGGAUCACAAAGUUCGUAAACCAAUGAUUUAAUUCACAACGUCAAGAUAUUAUUGAGACAGCUUUUGAUUUUGUUCAAAAAGUUAAUUCUUUGCCAUAAAAUAUACGUUAACUUUACGACUGACUACAGUUAUCAUUUUUCCUCUAGUCUUUAUUGUCAUAAUAUUGUGUUUUUAAAUAUCAAAAUAUAAAUAUGAAAGCAAUUAAAUAUAGACAUAAAUUAUAAUUUCUCAUAUUUAUUUAGACCAAAAAUGUACCAUGCAAUCAGUCAUUUGUAUAUUUUUAAUAAUUGUAAGCCCACGAUAAAAAAAAUACGGAAUUGUCUUAAUGGAUAAAAAUGCAUGUAAAUAAUUUAUUACGCAUUAUUUUUUGGAAUAUAAAUGUCUAUGGAACCUUC